CGACCUUUGACUUUUCGUUCCUAAUUCUAUCACGACCUUCAUUCGCUUUACUCCUUACUGUCAUCAUCUCGUUCAUUAGAACUUGUCAUGCGUCCAUCUACAGAGCACGACAAAGCUUACAGUCCCUCCUCACCAUUCCAAUCAACGUCCCGCCGUCCGCCUCGCUCGCCCGAUCCCUCUCCUAGAAGCAUCCGCAUUAACAUUGCUUCCGAUCCAUUACGGCACCGAGAACCGUCUUAUUUGCAACGCUUAUGGCAACGAAGUCAAGCACGUCGCUUUCUGUCGUUAUUACGAAUACGUUUCUUGAAGCGUUAUCAGGAAGCAUCGUACCUUGAAGUUUCGAUCCUUGCAUUGGCCAUUGUGGUAUCCAGCGCAUUGCUCUUAAUUCACGUCGGAUUCUUUAGCGGAAAAAAGUACCAAGAUUGGCAUCAGGAUCAUGUUGGCUGGCUUGAGGAAAUCGAUCUCUUGGACAAAGUGUACCCAGACGAAGGCCGCUCGCUUUCUACCGCCAUCGUUGUUAUAGACGAAGAUAAUGACGACGAUAAAGUACAAACGACGAUUGGGUCUACAGUGUCCCGGCUUUGUCAAUAUGAAAUGUUCAAACAUAUCAUGGUUUGGAACAAUAAUCCUAAUAACAACAGAAGUAUAGAGUCUCUUAAUAUUGCAGGUUGUUCGCCUGACAAAAUCAUCCUUUACAACGCUCAGACCAACUGGUUUCAGUAUGCGCGUUAUCUGGCGUGCUCGUUAGCGCAAACGCCAUAUUGUUAUUUUGCAGAUCAUUCACCGGCUCGGCAUCUGCGGAGUGUAUAUGCAAACUUUAUUCGAUCCCCACAUCUCAUCCAUUCCGAAUUACGCAAAGAUCAAUAUGCCCAAGUCCGAUGGUCCCGCUGUUUCUUUAAUCAGGCUCAGCUCCAUACCUGUUAUGCUCCUAUGAGGGGUGCUUUUGCAUCCAAGGAAACCGUUGCUCAAUUCAUGCAAUUGGUGGACCUGAUACCCAUUGAUUCUGCCUAUGCAGAUAUGUAUUUUAUCUCUUACCUAAAUCAGGUGCCUUAUGCUGUGGAAGGUUUCCACGGUACAAUCCCCGCCAUAAAUGACAAAGAUAUAUCCAAAACGGAGGAGCACCAUAUGAGACGAGGUUUAAUUGCGGCCUAUCGCAAUGUGGGUCACGAGAACAGUGCUUUCGCAACCGGUGAAUUCAUACCAUCCGUACGCCAUACCAGGGCACCUUGUCACAAUGAUCGAUGCCUUUUCAUGACCAACAUUGAAGCAUUACCUAAGCCAGAGCUGAUAUCCUAUAAUCCAUACAUGACUGUAACCGCUUCUGAACGGGUGCACACCGAUUACAAUAAUGCGAGCUUUUAUCAGCUUUAUUCCUACAGCAAUGCUGUGGAUCAUGAUGAUACUACAGCGUGGAAAACGACCAAAUUUAUCCGAUCGGGUGACUAUAUUGGUCUCGACUUACUGAUGCCUAUGCGUAUUCCUCUUAAAUAUCGCUUCUUGGUACGGCAUCCCGAUGCAUAUCAAGCUUCGCUCCGAUUUCAGACAUCGUUUGACGGGAAAAGUUGGAUUGAUAUCUCUCCAACGCCGUCACUGACAUGCAAUUCGAUGAAUGACGAUGACUAUGAUUCGAUUCCGCUCUUGGAUUGCCGGUUUAUGGUCUCGGAUACAGGUUAUCGAUUCAUUCGACUUGAAAGUCGGCGCGAUUUGGAUUUCGCUAUGGAACUCUAUGACUUUUCUAUUUCAGUUAAAGUGAAGCGUGACGGGAAUGGUCACUUGCUGGAUAAUGAUGGGGAAAUAGCAUUUGUAGACGAUCUUGUAAACUAAACAACAAUUUGGGAAAACUCCAAAGAAUUCUGU